CUUUGACUCCCGUCUACCAUUUGUUGGUGGUAGAUCAGAGAAACAAAAGCAUUUCGAAAUUUACCAAAAUCCACAAGACGGUAUUUUUUCCCGCGCCCAGGAGCAUUAGGAAAGCACUGGAACUUUCCAGGAUCGGCAGGGAAAGCGGGAGAAAGGAGCGCAGAGGUGUACCUGUGAAAGCUACCGAUGUGAAUGAAUAGCCUACUUGACAGCCACGGUGUUUAUUAAAUUAAAGUUAUUAUUGUACUCUACUUGUUCCAUUACCAAGAGGAUAAUGAAGAAAUCGGGAUAUUCAGGUAUUGCGAGGUCCACCAGUGGGAGGCUGAGGAGGACAGACAGUAAGGGGGAGGGCUCCUCGAUCACCAGUCCCACAUUGAAGCGGUCCUUUGAGGUGGAGGAGGCAGACUCGCCCACACAUCCCUUGACCCGUAGGACCACCAACCCCCUCCGCUCGUCCGCCCCCUCCACUCAGCGGAACUUCCACGACGCCGGCUCUCGCAACUCCGACUACUCCUCUAGGACCUCAUCGUUCGAGUCCUCCAACCCCCGCUCCCCCAAGGCCAGUCUGAGGCGCAUGGAGCUGUCUGGGGGCCGGGCCCCUGACACCACCUCGGCUCGCCGGACCGAGAUGUCCAUCGAGGUGUCCUCCAAGCAAGUGGACAGCUCCCCCAGCCAUGGCAUAGCCCGCUUCGGCCUGAGAAGGCCUGAAGUCCAGAGCCUUGGCAGCCGGGCUUCUCCGGACAGCUUCACCUCCAGCUCCGCACAACGACGGGCGGAGAUUAGCCUCUCCCGCCCCCUUGAGCCACCUGCCCCCCCGAGAAGGUUGGAUUCCCAGCCCACCGCCACCUCUAGGAUCCCAGAGCCCUCCCUGAGAAGGGCCGAAUCCACCUCCCCCAGCCUGAGUCCUGUGGAAAUGCCCUAUAGAAAGUCAGAGGUUCCUGUGUUAAGACAGCCUGAGAUGGCAGCCCCAGUCAGAGUGGCAGAGAACAACAGCCAUCCCCCCCCAGUGCCCAGUGCCCCCCUGCCCAGUGCCCCCCUGCCCAGUGCCCCCCUGCCCAGUGCCCCCCUGCCCAGCCUGGUAGAACCUAGAGGACAGGGGACGCUGCCUGCCGUCACAGAGACCCCCAUCGCCAGACCCACAGAGAGGUCUGAGGUCAUACCCAGCUACAGCAGCAGUGCCAUGUCUGAGGUGGCGGUGCCCGAGAUGCCCCCUGCCCUGGUGGGAUGUGGGGACAAGCCUGGCGUGGAUUUCAGCUACGUGGGCAUCGAUGCCAUCCUGGAGCAGAUGAGGAGGAAAGCCAUGAAGCAAGGCUUCGAGCUCAACAUCAUGGUCGUGGGUCAAAGUGGCUUGGGGAAGUCCACCUUGAUGAACACGCUGUUCAAGUCCAAGGUGAGCCGAAAGUCUGUGCUGGCCACGUCCCAGGAGAAGAUCCCCAAGACCAUCGAGAUCAAGUCCAUCAGCCACGACAUAGAAGAGAAGGGGGUGAGAAUGAAGCUGACUGUCAUCGACACACCCGGCUUUGGGGACCAGAUUAAUAACGAGAACUGCUGGCAGCCCAUCAUGAAGUUCAUCAACGACCAGUAUGAGCGCUACCUGCAGGAGGAAAUCAACAUCAACAGGAAGAAGAGGAUCCCAGACUCCAGAGUGCACUGCUGCAUAUACUUCAUCCCACCCACGGGACACUGUUUGAGACCUCUGGAUGUGGAGUUCAUGAGGCGCCUUAGUAAAGUGGUCAACAUAGUUCCUGUCAUUGCCAAGGCAGACACACUCACCCUUGAGGAGAGGGACUUCUUCAAAAAGAAGAUCAGGGAAGAGCUGCGAGCCAACGGGAUCGACGUGUACCCCCAGAAGGAGUUUGACGAGGAUGUAGAGGACAGGAUGAUCAACGAGAAGAUCAGAGAGAUGAUCCCCUUCGCUGUGGUGGGGAGCGACCAGGAGUACCAGGUCAAUGGCAGGAGGCUUCUGGGAAGGAAAACAAAAUGGGGCACCAUAGAAGUUGAGAACAUAGCUCACUGUGAGUUUGCUUACCUGCGAGACCUGCUCAUCAGGAGCCACAUGCAGAACAUCAAGGACAUCACCAGCAGCAUCCACUACGAGGUGUAUCGCGUCCGCCGCCUCAACGAAAACAACACGGCCGCCCAUGGCCACGCCAACGGCGUGCCAGAGCAUCACCUGACCUCCCACGAGAUGUAGGGCCCCGAGAGCCCCUCCCUCCCCGCCCCCUCAUCUCACCAGCCUUCACUUCCUUCUGAGGGGAGCUCCUCCCCCAAAACCACAGCCCAUCGUAGGAACGGGAGGGAGGGAGGAAUGCUCACGACAAGCAAAAAGCAGACACGUGGACUGUCGAUGCCCAUGUGCACACUUCCACCAAGAGUUCCACAGAGAGAACAGGUCUUAGAUGGUCACCAAGAACUACAAAUCCCUAGGUUCCUUUGCCCUCCAGUCUACCUGUGUUUCCAGUUGUUCCCUGUCCUUUAUGUCAAUUUUGGGCAGGACGUGUCAGUUUUGACGGCAAACCGUCUGAUGUCAAACCGUCUGAUGCACUUAACAGUGAUGGUUGUAUGUUAGAAUAGUUCAGUAAUACUCUCAAACUCAUUGUUAAUGUACUAGCCAGACCCAACACCACUUACCCACGCCAUACAUUUUGUCAGUUUGACCUUCCCUGUGUGACGCACGUGCUUUACAAGUAUUUACAAGUCUCACUUUCAUUAGUUAGCCAACAGAUGCUUUUGGACAAUGGAGACACAGACACACAGCAAUGUUCCAGUCAGAUGAGGGGGUGUGGUGUGGGGUUGGGGGGGGGGGGUUAUAGGUGGGUGGGGUUUAGUGACACUUCUCUGGGAUGACUUUCACACCAGCGAUGAGCCUAAACUGGACGUCGGGCUGACCACACGCAGUCAUAAAAGUCCCCUGUCCUAGUGGUUAUUGUCAUUUUUAUACCGCAGUUUCUUUGUUAUGAGUGAUGUCAGUUGUAUGGAUUUCACAUGCCUGCCCCACAGUGCCUUUUAAAUUCCAAAUAAUAAAUAUGUGUAAUAAUAGAGAUGCAUUUAAAGAAGGGUUAAAAAUGCCCCACCCAAAAAUUGUAUUUAUGCACAGUCGAAUGACAGUAUGCCAGUCUGUACUAAGUGUGCGUACACCCUCACCCACACACACACACACAUCUAGUUAUUCUAAUAACGAUUGUACCCGUGUGCCUUGACCUUCAGUUUUGGCCUAUUUAUUGGAGACUGUCCCUAAGUGGGUUUUUAAAAACUGGAAGGAAGUCCAAGCAUAUUGUAGAGGAUGGUUCUUAGUCUCAUUAUUGUGCACCCAGAGACAUAAUUCCCCACUUGUACUUUGUUCUCAUGACUUGGAUAUACAUCUCUUUCAGUGAUAUUUCUGUUCUUUUAAACAAUUUUAUGAUAUUCAGACUUCAAAUCUCACCACACUCUGUCUUGUGUAUUCAUUGUGUUCAGAUUAAUUUUUUUAUCGGUAUUGAUAACAGAAUUGCCUUUGAUAUCAUGUUAUUUUAAAGAAAUAAAGAUUAGUUGUAAAUA